AUGUUUGCAUAUGACGUCACAGUUACGUCAUUCGAUGUCCCGGACUCAAUGUAAGUUUUCUACGUUUGUUUUGGUUGGAAGUUGGAACUUGGAUGACGUCUGAGUCUGAAUCUGAGUCGGUAGAUCAAAUGAAGAGCUGUCUCUCAUCAGGAAACUGAUAUUGAAUCUUGUGACGUGUACAUACUCUAAAAGAUGAAAUACUAUGAAGAAUCUGAUGUAGCUGAAGAUAAACGACCUUGUGCUCAACUGAGGCAGGAUUUAAAAGCAUGUCUAUUAGCAACGGAUUGUGUUAGACUGCAUCGAAAAACACCCAAAGAAUGCCUGCUAACCAAUGACCCUUCCGUACCUGAGGAGUGCUUCAACCUUCGAACAACAUUUUUUGAGUGCAAACGUUCAUUGCUUGACACUCGACAGAGAUUCAGAGGACGGAAGGGAUAUUAGUGUGAAAGUCUUUGUAUGAAUUGUAUUUUGUACAUAGGAAUUCUUUUAAAUUUGCUUCCUCUAAUUGCAAGCAUUUAAUGGUUGGAAAUGUAUUACUGUACAGUUUACAUGUAAGUAUUGUAUAGACAUUACUAACAACUUUGAGAUUGCUCGAGUAUCUGUCACCAAGGUUUUUGUUGGAAAUGUUGUAUUUUUAUGAUUUAGAACUAUACAUGUAAGACAUAAAAAUGCAUGAAAUAAUUGGACAUUGUUAUUUUUUAGUUUUGUAAACAUAUUGUUUUGAAAUCUGAUGUGUUCUGAAUCAUAAAGUGAGCUUAUCCUUCACAACUACACGUAUGGUCAUUGGUAACAGUAAUAUUUUGGAAAUAAUUUAGGAACUGUUAACUUUUCCUUGUCUCCAAGACAACUUAUUAUAAAUAAAUACUUGACUACUUAAUGUGCUUGACU